AUGCAAGCUAUAAAUUUAGGUAUCAAAGGAAGCGUAAUUCAAAGCAAUAUUGGCAGGGUUGAUCCUGGUCUGGGUCAAUUCGGAAACAGAGCAAUUACUGUCUGCAUGAGUCGGAGUGAAAGGCGUUCUUGUUUCGGAUUGCGGUCCGGUUCGGGUCCUACGGGCCUUGAGCUUGGCCGUGUAGGUCUCGGUUCUGGAAGCAUGUUUCGAUCCUCUGCCAAGUCCAGAUCAGUCAAAUCCCCAGAUUCUGAUGGAGAUAUUGAAGAAGAUGCUCCUCUAAAGAGUCCAUCAAGAUCUUCUGGUUCAGUUUUGCCAUAUGUUGGUGUUGCUAGUCUGGGAGCCAUAUUGUUUGGAUAUCAUUUAGGUGUAGUGAAUGGUGCACUGGAUUACCUUGCAAAGGAUCUUGGUAUUGCGGAAAAUGCUGUUCUUCAAGGAUGGGUUGUUAGCACACUUCUUGCUGGUGCCACUGUUGGUUCGUUUACAGGGGGAUCACUGGCAGAUUAUUUUGGAAGGAAAAAAACUUUUAUACUGGAUGCAAUCCCGCUUACAGUUGGAGCAUUUCUUUGUGCCACAGCUAAGAACGUAGAAACCAUGAUAUUAGGCCGCUUGUUUUGUGGCAUUGGAAUUGGCAUUUCAUCUGCUAUUGUCCCUCUGUACAUAUCUGAGAUCUCUCCAACUGAAAUUCGUGGUACACUUGGAUCUAUCAACCAGUUAUUUAUUUGCAUUGGGAUUCUUGCAGCUUUGGUGGCUGGAUUACCCCUAGCCGGAAAUCAUAUAUGGUGGAGAGUAAUGUUUGGCAUUGCCGUUAUCCCCUCUGUUUUACUGGCGCUUGGAAUGGCAUUUUCUCCAGAGAGUCCACGAUGGCUUGUUCAGCAAAGGAAAAUUUCCCAAGCUGAGCAAGCAAUUAAAAAACUAUAUGGAAAGGACAGGGUCACAGAGCUUAUAGAGGAUUUAAAUUCAUCAAGUCAAGGUUCUGAAGAACAAGAAGCUGGUUGGUUUGAUCUUUUCAGCUCCCGUUAUUUCAAAGUUGUGAGUGUUGGUGCCUCGCUAUUCUUGUUUCAACAGUUGGCUGGGAUAAAUGCUGUCGUAUAUUAUUCUACUUCAGUUUUCCGCAGUGCGGGAGUUGCAUCUGAUGUGGCUGCAAGUGCUCUAGUUGGGGCGGCUAAUGUUUUCGGCACAAUGAUAGCAACUUCUUUAAUGGACAAAAAAGGACGGAAAAGUCUUCUUAUCACAAGCUUUACUGGAAUGGCUGCUUCAAUGCUGCUGCUCUCUUUGUCCUUCACUUGGAAGGUCCUGGCACCAUAUUCUGGACCCCUUGCUGUUAUUGGGACCGUCUUGUACGUGCUCUCGUUCUCCCUUGGUGCUGGUCCAGUCCCUGCCCUUUUACUACCCGAGAUCUUCGCCUCUAGAAUCAGAGCGAAAGCGGUUGCAUUGUCACUUGGCAUGCAUUGGAUAACAAACUUCUUCAUCGGCUUGUGUUUUUUGAGCAUCGUGACAACAAUUGGCAUAAGCAAAGUGUACCUCGGAUUUGCCAUCAUCUGUCUUCUUGCCGUUAUAUACAUAGCCGCUAAAGUUGUGGAAACAAAGGGGCGGUCGUUGGAGGACAUUGAACGUGAACUUAGCCCCGCCAUCUAAAGAAUACAUAAUCUUGAUGGGAACAAUAAGAUUUUUCAACGAUGGCGCUGCGAUUGUUUAGAUCGUUAGCCAAAUUUUCUACAUCAAAACUAGAAGUCUCCGCAUGUUCCAUGCCAAAAUGGUUCAAGUCCAACACGAGUAGUUUUGGUGCUAAAACGCAGUGUCAGGUGCUCGAAGGAAUACGUGAAAACAUGCAUCGAUUUAUCUUCUUGAAUCUGAGUUUUGGGUAGCAUUCGAACCUUAUGAUUAUUAGGGUGUUAGAAAGAUUAAUAAAACCUUUUUUUUUUUAAUAUUAUUUUGCGAA